AGUACGACAACAAACGCGAGGACAUUAUUAAGUGCGCUUAAAAAACAAUUAUACUAAUUAAACGAGAACCACUGACGUUUUCAAGUUGCAAACAUCUUGAAGAAUAUCACAAUGCCGUCGAAAACGAUUGCAGGUGGUGAAAAUGGAAAGCAGGGGAUUUUGAGUUCUCGAAGAACGAUCAGCGGACCGAAGAGCAAGCGGAUUGCGCUGAACAGCCGCAAUCGAAGUCUUGGGGGUGAAAAAAAGCAAUUGACGAUGAGCCUCAGCACGUUCCCGCCAAAAUCCGAAUAUGAGCAGUUCUACGAGUCUGUGUUCCUGGCGGAAGAGACACCAGAGAAUGAAGUACAGGCUGUUCGCCGGAGACCUGGACCGCGCAGCAGCAAGCGGCCUCUGCAAGUCCUCCUUGAUGAUGAACCAACCCCUUCGAUAGCUUCUCCACCCGCAAAGAUAACAGCUCCGAAAAAAAACGUUGAGCCAGUAAAUGCAAUUGCAUCGAAGAACGAGACAUCUCCAAUCGUCAACGGCAUCUCCUCAAAGGCGAAAAAAAUGCGACAAGCUAAAUUUGAAGAGUUCUACACUAAAACGGAACGUCAUGUAUGGAAAAAGGAUGCCGAGCGAAUGUUAUUGCAGUUGUGGGCACAACAUCUAAAGGAUUUCCGAGGCGAAGCAAAGAAUGUCCUCAUUUACCGGCAAAUGGCAAAGGAGAUGAGCGAAUUUGGACCAAGUCAUACGGAACUUAAAACUAAAAUGGACAAUAUGUCGCGAAAGUAUCGAAUUGAAGCUGAGAGAGUCCGAGAAUCCGGAAUUCCAUCAAAGUGGGAACACUUUCAUAAGCUCCAAGCAUUGCUUAUUGGCACCAAUGCGGUAGAUGUGUUCGAAGACAUCAUGGUCGAUAAUCCAGCCCAAGUACUUUUCGGAAACGAUGAAGACUUUGAAAACGAAGAAAUGGCAUCUAUAAAAGAUGAUUCAAUAACAGAAGACCUUAAAGCUGAAAGUGAAAAUGAGUUGUGUACGAAAAAAACUAUCAUCAAAAGAGCACGGUCCCCCUCACCAGUUUUACCAGAUAUCCAAGAAGAAGAGGAAGAAGACGAAGGUGAUGGUGAAGCUGAAGUGGAUCUUGAGGAAGAAGAAGAGGAUGAGGAUGAGCUGCCGGAGGAAAGAUCCCCGUCGCCAGUUCACAAAUAUCGUUCUAAGAGAAAGAUAAAUGUUAGCCAAGCAGACAGACUCCUUCAAAUCGAAGAGGAGAAACUACUAAUCGAGCGAGAAAAGCUGCAAGUUAUGAAGAAAGCGUUGGUGGAACUUAACUCAUUCCACAAAAAUUUAAUUAAUUUAUUUAAGCACAAAAAUUAACAAAAUAAAUUUUAAGUGUUAUUGAUAGAAAUAGGUUUGUACUUUCCCAAAAUAUAAUUAAACUAAAGUACGAAGUGAAGCUAGCUUUUGGAGGUUCUGAUUAAACAUAAAUGUAUACAUUUUUUUUUUCGCAAUUUCGUUAUAAAAUAUAUUAAAGCCAUGACCAUGGCAAAAGUCAA